UGAUUAGCGCACGUGAGUGAGUGCGGGUGGUUUUUUACUGCAGAGCCAGCGCGCGCCGUGAAUUCGGUACCGUGUGUGGCUCCGGUGCGGGAUUUUUUCCCCCCUCCUCUCGGUCGCGCAUUAAUUACGAUGGCUUAAUAAAACGUCGCGCGCUGCACAUCUCGGUGCUGAGUGUCAUUUCUUUAUUUUAUUUAUUCCCCUUUACUACCGGAUUUGUCCUUGGUUUCAUGCCCGCGCGCAGUAUGUGAACGCCAUGCGGGCGGCGCGGUGCCUCCUCCUGUGGGCUGCGGUCUCCGUUACAGGCUGGAGCACCGCAUCGCGGCAAUGGCGAGAGAGAGGAGGAGGAGGGAUCGGGAACGGUAACGGCGACGGUGACAGCGACAGCGACGGGCGCGCGCAUCGUGAAGAAGAGAUCACGCGGCCGCAGCGGCUCCAGCAGCGCGCGGAUGCCGAGGGCGGCGAGAUCGCGCACGGUCGCCUGGAUACCAGAGUGAGGAGUGAGGACGCCGACGCGCUUCACCCGGUUCAUCUUGCUCAGCUAUCAUUCCUGGUGAAGGCGUUUGGGACGUCAUUUAUUUUGGACCUCGAGCUCAACCAUGAUCUCUUGUCUUCAGAUUACGUGGAGAGACAUUUCGACGAAGACAGAAUACCAUUUCAUAAUCAGGGAGGAGAGCACUGUUAUUAUCACGGCACAGUAAGAGGAGCAAAAGGUUCCUGGGUUGCUCUCGCCACCUGCCAUGGCCUCUGGGGAAUGUUCUCAGAUGGCAACUUUUCUUAUGGGAUUGAACCCGUACCACACGUCGAUGAGCAGGGACAAAAUGCUCACGUUGUGUACAGACUGCCUGACCUUCAGCUCAAUGCACCACACUGCCCCGAAUGCAAUACUACCAAUGACUCGGAUUCAGCCAUGGAUGAUGUCACAGCUGAUUCUGCUGAGAGCGAUGGACCCACUUUCACACAUGGUCUGAGACGGGUCAAACGGCAGAUCCGGAGGCCACCGCGUACUGUUCAGACCGAGACGAAAUAUAUAGAGCUGCUAGUGGUGAAUGACUAUGACCUGUUUGUGCAGAUGCGCAGGUCGACUGCGCAAACACGCAAUUUUGCGAAAGCCAUCGUCAACAUGGCCGACGCAAUUUAUAAAGAACAACUUAACACAAGGCUGGUGCUUGUCGCCAUGGAGACGUGGUCAUCCCAGAACAUGGUUUCCGUAGGCGAUGACCCUCUGAUGACCCUGCGUGACUUUAUGAAAUACAGGAGGGAGAACAUCAAAGAGAAGAGUGACGCAGCACACCUGUUCUCAGGGCGCACAUUUCAAAGCAGUCGAAGUGGUACAGCGUACAUCGGGGGCAUCUGUUCUCCUACACGUGGAGGCGGAGUCAAUGAGUAUGGAAACGUGGGACCCAUGGCCAUCACGCUGUGUCAGAGCUUGGGACAGAAUCUGGGCAUGAUGUGGAAUAAAGACCGUGCCACUGCAGGAGACUGCAGGUGUCCAGACCCUUGGCUUGGCUGUAUAAUGGAGGACACAGGGUACUACCUGCCCAGGAAGUUCUCCCGCUGCAGUGUGGAGGAGUAUGUACGCUUCUUGCAGGAUGGAGGAGGCAGCUGUCUGUUCAACAAACCCACUAAGUUACUGGAUCCUCCUGAAUGUGGGAACGGAUAUGUGGAGCAAGGAGAAGAGUGUGACUGCGGCUCCCAAGUGUGUGUGUGUGUGAGACAGGAGUGUUCUCGAGCAGGAGGAGCAUGCUGUAAGAAGUGUACUCUUACCCAUGAUGCAAUGUGCAGUAAUGGACUGUGCUGUAACAGGUGUAGGUAUGAGCAGAGAGGUGUGGUUUGUCGAGACGCAGUCAAUGAUUGUGAUAUUCCAGAAACAUGUCCUGGUGAUUCCAGUCAGUGUCCUCCUAACGUACAUAAACUGGAUGGCUACAUGUGUGACACAGGACAGGGUCGCUGUUACGGCGGUCGAUGUAAGACCAGGGACGGGCAGUGUCAGGCGUUGUGGGGUCACAACUCAGCAGACCGGGUGUGUUAUGAGAGGCUGAACACUGAGGGGACGGAGAAAGGAAACUGUGGACGAGACUCCAAUGGACAGGGAUGGAUUCAAUGCAGCAAACCUGAUGUACUGUGUGGGUUUCUGUUGUGCUCUAAUAUGACGAUGAAGCCUCGUUAUGGUGAUUUGGAUGGAGAAGUCAUCAGUCUCACCAUUUACCAUCAGAACAAGUACCUGGACUGCCAUGGAGGACAUGCUGUCCUGGAGGAUGGCUCAGAUCUAGGUUAUGUAGAGGACGGAACUCCAUGUGGUCCUAACAUGAUGUGUUUGGAGCGGCGCUGUGUACCGGUGAUGACCUUUAACCUGUCAGUGUGUCCCGGAUCCUCCACUGCACACAUCUGCUCAGACCAUGGGACCUGCAGUAACGAGGUGAAGUGUAUCUGUGACGUAGAUUACACGGGGAAGGACUGCAGUGUGUAUGACCCGCUUUCUGAUCCACCGCUUCCAGAAGGACCUGAGAAAUACAAAGGUCCAAGUGGCACAAACAUAAUCAUCGGUUCUCUAGCAGGAGCCAUACUACUGGCAGCUAUAGUGCUGGGAGGAACAGGCUGGGGCUUCAAGAAUAUCCGGAGAGGAAGAUCUGGAGGAGGAUGAGAAGUCUGUCCGUGUGCUGUCCUGUCCUCUUUACUUCACUGUGUCCUUUACAUUCUGAGGAGAAAAGAGAAGCGAUAAACACGUCUUCCACUCAGAAAACUUCAACCUGCACAAGCCUCUGCUUCCUGUAUGUCUUUCUGCUCUUCUCUGCACUCGACGUCACGUCAGAAAACAUUCCACAGGGCUGAAGUCAAGCCACCUUAAAGCAAAAUCCACUCUGUAUCCAUUCCUUACGUUAUAUAUUAGUAAAUUAGUACAAGUCUGAGCCAUGACACCAAAAUGUCGAGCAUUUAGCAUCAGCUAUACCUGCCCAAGACUCUGUGUACGGUCCAAAAUGUUCAGAAAGCUUUGAACAUCAUUUUCCUAAUUAGUUGUGAGCUUGUUCCUGCAUGUUUCUUGUUAAAACAUUUUUCCACGUGAUUUAACGCGCCAUUGUGACCGUGACAUCAGGUUCAAUGAUGAGCUAAGCGCUCAGUGUUAUAACAUGAACAUCCAGGCGAUAAAAUGACAAAUCUGAGCUGUUUUUUUUUUUUUUGUUUUUUUAAAAAUUAUUAUUUAUUUAUUUAUUUAUUUAUUUUUAUUUUUUUAAAUCGCAGAUGCUUUCACAACAGCACACAAACCAUGCCCAUUGGACAUUAUUAAAGUAACAACGAUGUUACUUUAAACAAUGUUAUAACCUGUUAGAAUCUUUACGUAUACACGUUUAGCACUUUAUUAUACAAAACAAAUCGAUACGAUCUUUUUUCCUACUUUAUCUGUCACUCGAGGUGCAUAGAGCUGCACUCCUCGCCUGUCGCUGUAGCAUCAGACCAAAUCUUUACAAUCACACACUGAAUUCCUGCCAAAUCCACAUUUAGAUGUAGAAAAUGUGUUUUGCUAAUAAGCAAAUAUCCUGCCUCUUUUAGUAAAAAAAAAAAAACCCAAUAUAGAGUUGCUUUCACACUUUGACACCAUAACUAACCUGAAACUGAGCAGCUUUAUAAGACAAAAGAAAAUGAACAACAACAAAAAAAAGAAAAAAUAAUGACACACGUUUAAUACGACUGAGUCUGUGUGUGUGUUUAGAGGAAAUCAGCUUUACACAUGAUCAUCUCUCAGACUAGUCGUUAAUCUGACAUUUGUAUAUUUUGCGUGUUGAAACAGUAACGUCUCGGAACGCAGAAACUACAUUUUCAAUGCGGUACAUAUUUAUUUAUUCACAGUACAGAGAAUCCAGAAAAGCGUAAUAAAUAUCUAAUAGCAUUCACAGUGUUUACACUGUUCUGAGCUGGUUUGAGCCGAAUAUAUACAACACACACACACACACACACACACGUGUUUAAUCAUCACUGUAAAAACUGAGCACUGAAGUAUUCCUACUAACAUUCCAUUUUGAUCUUAUAUUAAUCCAUUUAAAGUGUGUUAUGAUGCUGCUUUUUCUCAAUAUCAGCCAUCUAGCGAUAAAAAUACCAUAUGCAUAAAUGCCUGAAUGUAACUUUAAACACGACUAAGCACGAAGUUGCAUUUUUUUCCCUGUGUGUGUGUGUGUGUGUGUGUGUGUGUUGACUUCUUGUGUAUGAUGACAAGCACAAAACUAGCUUUUAGGUAGACAUAAGUACAUAGGAACAUUUUGCCAUUUUCAAUGUGAUGUAUAAUGACGUAUUACCGAAUGCGUGAGGGUGAUGGGGGACGCUUCCCGAGGGAACAUGCAAUAUAUCGCAAUAUGUAGUCAGCGUGUGUGUGAAUGCUACUCGUGUAAAUACUGUAUAUACAGUACACCUGUGUUAAGACAUAAGCACAAACGAUUGCAAUCCACGUGGCGAAGGGAAAAAAAUAAGUACUUAAAAUUUAUGAAAUAUAAACAGCGCAGAUCAGCGUUUAAAGACUGCCAGCUUUAUUUAGAAUGAAGCGCACAUGCUGAGAGUAUUACAGCAGACUGUGUUUCAGACCCCCCCCCUCUCUUUCUCUCUCUCUUUUUCUCUCUCUCUCUCUCUCUCUCUCUCUCUCUCAGGGCUCGGUUGAUGAUGACUGAUAACUGAUUACAGUUUUAAUCACAUUAGCAGGCACACAGCUUUAAACUCCUCCACAGAUACACGAGAAAACAACGAUUUCAUCCACAAAUCGAGAUUCAUGCAAAGUCCCGAGAGAUACCACACUGAAUCUUCUGUUUCUAACCCGAAGAAUAAUAACACAUUUUUAGUCCUUUUAAGCCAUAAAACCAAAAAAUGUUUAUGUAUCUCAUGAAUCUGUUUCUGUGCACUAAAACGUCAUCAAAACAUCAAACUAUUUAUUUAUUUAUUUGAAUUCAUUUGACAUUCUUUAGAAAUUCUUUAAAUUCCUCUUUCUUAAUCAGUGACUUUCUGUUCUUUAUAACAGUUAUUAUUUUUACCAACAGACUGAAAAAAAAUACUGAAGCACCGCUGAAUUCUGUUCUAGACUCUGAAAGAUAUAUUCAUAUACACUAUAUAUAUAUAUAUAUAUAUAUAUAUAUAUAUAUAUAUAUAUAUAUAUAUAUAUAUAUAUAUAUAUACAUACAUACAUACAUACAUACACAUAUAUAUACAUAUAUACACACACACACACAUAUUUAGAUAUGCUUAUAUACUGUACACACACACACAAGCGUUAAUUGGAUGGUUAGAUCUCACUGUCAUCCUGUCUGCUUUUGAAACAAACAAAAUUCUCCAUAAUUUAACUACUUCACUAAAUUAGUACAAAUCUGAGUCAGAAAAGCCAAAAAGAUCAACAUGGAAAUAAAAAAUAUAUAUAUUCCGGGAUGAAAUCUGUUGUAUUUUCAAAGCACCUUUAAAUAACCUUUCAGGUCAGAUGGAAAAGUUCAUUCAAUAAGGCUAAAUUCAUGAGGUUAAAUAUGGAAAAUACUAACUGAAAACUGUAUUAUAUAUUAUUAGUUUUUUGCUAAAUUUGCUGAAAAGACAAAGGAGAGACAAAGUGGGGUGCCUGGCAUACAUGCAGGACUUUUUAAAUGGCUACAACCCUCAGGCUUGAAUACAAUCAUCUUAAUAAUUUAAGAUGUUGUUCAGCGAUUAAGUUUGUGCGAUCAGUUUGAAUAUAAUUAGUACUGAACCCUUUGAAGCUAGAGAAGAAAAACCAUGUGAUUUAAAUCUGAUCUUUUAAAGUGUCUUAUUCAUGGUACAUUUCAGGCCAUGCAUGAGAUUUGACCUGAGCAGUAAAGAUAAUUUAAUAUAAACCUAAAUGUGAUGAUGAUCAGCUGGGUUUGGGUUGGAAUUUAGUGGAAAAACUGCCAACAGAUCUUCAGCAUUCAUAUAUAUAUAUAUAUAUAUAUAUAUAUAUAUAUAUAUAUAUAUAUAUAUAUAUAUAGAUAGAUAGAUAGAUAGAUAGAUAGAUAGAUAGAUAGAUAGAUAGAUAGAUAGAUAGAUAGAUAGAUAGAUAGAUAUAGAUAUGAUAAUAUAGAUAUGAUAAUAUAUAUAAUGUGUGUGUGUGUAUAUAUAAAAUGUGUAUUUACAGGGUUGUAUGCCUGUGUGUGUGUAAUGUUUACUUCUUUCCAUCUCUCCAUGAGCUCACACUGUAUAUCAACUUCUCCAAGUUAUUAAUUCUUAAUGAACUUACAUCUGUAUCAUCUAUAUAGCACAUAUUACACAUAUAGGCUUCUUCUUCCUCUACUUCUUUCUGUUCUUGUUCUUUUUUUUCUUCUUCUUCCUCGUAUUACUUAAUGGAAUAUGGAUAAACAAAGACUUAGCCUUACUGACUGUUUAAACUUACAAAUAUUACAUUUAAACUGAAACUUUACAUAAAGCCUCGUUCACAAGUCCAGUAACAAGCACUAAUAACAAUAAAAGACAAAUUGUCACCAAAAAAUAUUAAAACAGUACUGUAGCCCCGAGUACAAAUAUAUGAAUAAUUAAAAAAAUAUAUAUUAUCUUAUUGAUGUAAAGGAUAUAUUUGCAGUAAAUGUUCAUAAAAAAUUAAAGAAGUACUUUACAAACUAUUAGCAAAGAAUUAUUCAUGGUGUAAAUAAUCCCCAUGAAUUAAAAUGUUUUUUUAAGGACUUUUUUUUUUUUUUUUAAUUGCCACCAAUCCAGAAAUGAGUUACAGUAAAUUAACAUUAAUCGAGAAAAAAAUAAAGGACACUUUUACAAUACAUUUUCAAACUUUAUACUGUCAAUGAUGUUUAAAAAUUACAAUUUAAAUUAUUAUUAUUGUUUUUAAUUAUUUAAAAGUGACCAUCAAUUAAAAAAAAAAGGACUUUAAACAAAAUAUUAAAAAAAAUAAAAAAAAUAAAAGGUCCCAUUUUCAGUACCUUUUAAUAAUUAAAAACAAAUGAAUCAAUGUGCUUACUUACAGCCCAUUGCCAUAACAAAUGAAUAAAUGCAUAAAAUUACAGGACCAAUUUUUGUGGCGUAUCAUUAGUAAUAAUAAUAAUUAAAGGACGUAUUUUCAGUACUCAUCAAUAAUAGAAAAUGAAAGGACUAAUUUAUACUAAAUGAACUGCUUUAUAAAAGAAAAGGAAGCUGACGGUUCUAAGUGCCCCACCGAUGAGAGAGCUGUAUGAACUGUCCUGUAGGUUAAUUGUGCAGUUUUUUCUCGAUUUUAUUUUUGGUGUAUGAUUUGGUGUAGCACUGCCACCGGCCCCUGAUGGCUGAAUCCCAGUUACUGUGCGCGUGACGCUUCAGAGACUUCCUGUGUUAAUUCCGUCAGUGUGCGUGUUCGCUACAGCGUGACGGACAGAGGGAGGUUUUUUAUGCAUGUUUUUGUGUUUAUUAUGACGGGUUUAGUCUCAGGUUCAGGCCACGAUAUUAAUAUUGUUAUCUUCCUCCCUGAUUUAAACCGUAAAUCCACACAUUUUAACGCUUUAGAUUUUAAAAAAAAUGUGGAUUUUUAUCUGGUUUUAGCGCUCGGCGCACGUGUGUCCGCAUGUCUCGUGCUCCGCUCUGACCGAACGGCGAUCGCUGUGACGAUCUCAGUUCACUUUACGUUCUGUUCGUUAUUGUAUAUGAUUUAUGAUGUGUAAAUACUUAUGCACGCACUUACAGCUGUCUGUACAUAAACAUGAACACUCCUGUACAUUAUUAGCUAUAAUCUAAUGUCGGUGUAUGAAACGCACAGCUAUAACCUCAUUAAUGCUAACACUAACACAUGCUAACGCUACUGAUUGCUGCAUUAUAGGAAAUGUAUCCCAUACCAUUACGACGUUUGAUUGUAGAUUAAUGUCGAAUUACACAGAACCUUUUAUGAUGGGUUGAGGUGAAUGAAGCAGGACUGUGUGUAAAUAAAAGCACACACCUGAAUGAGAUCUGUUGGAAAGGCUGAAAGAAAAAACCAUCUCCAUCUUUUCAUAUUAAAUUCACUUCUACGUUGCUUUAAGACGAGCCGCAGUGUAACGUGAGAUUUUAGAGAUUUUUUUCUGUAUUAAUCAAAAGGCUGAAAUAAAAAAAUUGUCAACAUGAAAA